AUGCCAGCAUCUACCAAAGCACGUCGCACGCAGACCCCGAAGAAACAAACCAAACUCAGCGCAGCCAGCUUCACAGCGAAUGCCAAACCAGCCAAGCCAGUCAAACCGAAUACUAGCAUACUUAGCUUCUUCAAGAAGACAGAAAAACCCGAGGAUUCGCUUUUUAUUGGGGAAGCCGGGGCGGCAAACGGCGCAAAUGGAGAACCCGAAGACGAUCUGUAUGGAGCAGAUGAAGAGAGCCGCUUUAACGAGAUCUCGUCACCAGUGAAGAGGAGGAGGGUCAGUGUGGACAAUCGCGAAGACACAAAGCAAGCAAAAUUUCAAAAUGAAGAAUCGGACGCAAGGGUGGCAAACAGCGUUGCUCUUGUGAGCGAACGCAAAGUGCGACCUAAAGGCCCCUUCAUCAUGGAUUCUGACUCCGAGGGCGACGAGGACGAGGACGAAGGCAAAGACGAAGAGGAAGCAAGCACCAUAAAUCUCACCGGAGACGACGACAAUGACUUUGGGGAGACCCAUGAAUUCGAUGAUGCUGAUCUUGACGGUUUUGCUGGUGAAGAGCUACGUGAAAUGCGCUUCAUGCGAGAGCAGGCCCUCCUGGAAGCCGCUGAACUCGAAGCGGCCGGCGCAUUUGAUGGCGAGGAAGUCAUGGAAGACUUUAUCGACGAUGGGACUGCAGACCAAUGCUGCCCAAUGUGCCAAGGGAGCAUUGCCGGUCUCUCGUCCGAUGAAGCGUCCCGUCAUGUCAAUCUGUGCAUCGAUGGUAAUGCGCCGCCUUUGAUCAAGGAUGAGCCAUCGAGUGCUGCUGCUGUAGCCACUUUCGCGACGCGCGUCAACAAGAGGUUCUCAAAAUCAGCCGUGCCCAGGCCUGCGCAGGUCAACCCCCUGGAGGGCAGUUCGUCAUCCAAGGGCGCCUCUAGGUCGGCUUUCUCCAAGCUCAUGUCCAACAACGCCGAGGAUACAGCAUGGGCAGCGGCGGCAGCCACGGAAAAAGCAAGUCGAGGCCGCCCGGCGUACGAGCGCACUUGUCCCUUUUACAAGAUCAUGCCAGGCUUUUCGAUCUGUGUCGAUGCGUUCCGCUACGGGGCGAUCGAGGGAUGCCAGGCCUAUUUCCUGAGCCAUUUCCACAGCGAUCAUUACAUUGGCCUCACGGCAAGGUGGACUCAUGGUCCAAUAUACUGUAGCAAGGUCACAGGAAGCCUGGUCCGUAAGCAGCUCGGCACUGCUGGCAAGUGGGUGGUCGCGAUUGACUUUGACCGAUCCUACGAGAUACCGGGAACGGAUGGGGCGACUGUAACCAUGAUUCCAGCAAACCACUGCCCAGGCAGUUCUCUUUUCUUGUUUGAGAAGAAGAUGACUACUGCCGGCAAUAGUCAUAUGAAGCGCAUACUGCAUUGCGGAGAUUUCCGCGCAUGUCCUGCGCACGUUGAGCAUCCCCUAUUACGGCCGGAACUCACCGAUACUGUCUCGGGCAAAAUCAGGCAGCAGAAGAUAGAUAUAUGCUAUCUCGACACGACAUAUCUCAAUCCGCGGUACUCCUUCCCACCGCAAGACGAUGUUAUCCAAGCUUGCGCAGAUCUAUGCGCCAACAUGUCUGCUGAUCCCAAGUGCAAGGACGACGUGUGGGAGAGAUCGGCCAAAGCCCUGGGUACGCCUGCUGUGAGCAAAUACUUCAACACCGUCAACGCCAAAACAGAGGAACAAGAAAAGAACCCACCAAAGCAGCGUCUGCUGGUCAUAUGCGGCACAUACUCGAUUGGAAAAGAACGAAUAUGUCUUGCCAUUGCCCAGGCACUCAAUUCCAAGAUAUUUGUGUCACCUGGCAAAAUGAAGAUCUGCAAACAGCUGGAUAUCCCUGAGCUCACAGAACGACUCACUUCGGACCCGAUCGAGGCGCAAGUGCACAUGCAGAUGCUCAUGGAGAUUCGCGCCGAGACCUUGCAAGAGUAUCUCAAUGGGUACAAGCCACACUUCAGUCGAAUCGUCGGAUUCAGACCAAGUGGUUGGAAUUUCCGACCAACCAAUUCUAAAGCCAUUGGCGCAAACACGCCCCCUAGCACGAUUCCUUCCGAACAGAUCCUUCAUAGUACAGGGUGGCGGACGAGAUUCGGAUACAAGGACUUUGUCGCUCAAAGAGGUAGCACAGGGGAAGCCAUGUGCUUCGGCGUGCCAUACUCCGAGCAUAGUAGUUUCCGCGAACUCGCCUUGUUUGUCAUGAGCUUGAGGAUCGAGAAGGUCAUUCCCACAGUCAACGUUGGCAGCGAGCAGUCACGGACACGGAUGAAAGCUUGGAUAGAUCGGUGGAUAUCGGAGCGUAGGCGGUGUGGAUUGGUCAACCCAGUAGUCGAAGGAAGGGAUCCAGACAUCGUUCAGGGUGAAAUGUGGGAUGCCAAACCAGGCAAAGGUGGCCGAGUCUUGUGGUAG